UUCCGAGCCUGCUGCUUUUUGCUACUACGGUUGAGGAGUCCGUCGGCGGAGAGGCUCGCGCUGUAACAGAGAUUCGCGCGCGCGCGCCAGAGAUUGUGUGUUUAUCUGGCCGCGAGGGGCGGGGCCGGGAUCGGGAUCGGGACGGCAGCUCAACACUCCCAACCCUCAGCUGUCGCCGCUGGAGGAAGAGUCCCGAGGAGCCAAGUGAGGCCCAACGAAGCAGGGGCUCCUCAAGGAAAGAGUCGGAGGAACCUGCUGCUGAAACUGAGGGCCGAGGGGACAGUCACCCGGCAACGGUUAACAGCUGAGGUACUGAUCGAGUUUUCCUCUUCUUCAAUGAGGAACUACAGGCUGAUCUUCUGCCAUAACCUCAAGCAACCAUAAAUGACAAAAGAAUGCUUGAAAGACAGCUUUGAUAUUGGGCUGCAUAAAGAUAUGAGGAAGAGCUCCUCCCCUUCCUUGAGUAACUGCAACUCUGUUCUCGCUAACAAAAUAUUUGGAAUUCCACUUGAUGAACUGCAGCAGGAAGGACAGCCAGGCAAUGAAGUUCCAUUCAUAGUUCGCCAUGUUGUGGACUAUAUUGAGGAACAUGGAGGUCUAGAGCAAGAGGGACUUUUUCAAGUCAAUGGGAAUGCAGAAACAGUUGAGUGGCUUCGGCAAAGAUAUGAUAAUGGGGAAGAUGUGGACCUGGUUAAAGAAGCAGAUGUACCUUCAGCUAUUAGUCUUCUUAGAUUUUUUCUUCAAGCACUUCCAGAACCAGUUAUUCCUGGUACUCUACAUAUGCAUUUGAUACAGCUUUCUCAAGAUUAUAAUGAAGAUGAAUUUGGAAGAAAGUUGAGGUUCCUCUUGCAGCAGCUUCCACCUCUUAAUUACAGUUUGUUAAAAUUUCUGUGUAGAUUUUUAGCUAAUGUAGCAUCACAUCAUGAAGAGACUUGGUCUGCAAGUUCUUUGGCUGCAGUUUUUGGUCCCGAUGUCUUUCACAUUUACACAGAUGUGGAGGAUUUGAAAGAGCAAGAACUAGUUAGCAGAGUUAUGGCAGGACUGUUAGAGAAUUAUGAUGAGCUCUUUGAAAAUGAAGAGGAGGAUUUCUCAUCUAAUGAUUUAAGUUCAAUAACUGAGCAGAUAAACGAUCUGUUGGAUGAUGAUGUAAAGCUUGACCAGCCAGAACUGCCAGAAGAAGAAGAAAAUAUGGAGGACCCAGAAUAUAAACAAGAUAUCGAGCCCCGAGAGAUGAUGGAGAGCAUCUUGGAGUCAUGCAAUGUUGCAGCUUCGACAAGUGCUCAUUUCUCCCCCAUAAGCAUCUUGCCAGCCUCUGCAGACAUAUUGGAAAGAACUAUUAGAGCAGCUGUAGAACAACACCUCUUUGAUCUGCAGAGCAGCAUAGAUCAAGAUCUCAAGAAUUUACAGCACAGAAUGGUGUGUCAUGAAGCAAAUAUUCAGGGGGAUGAAGAAGGAUCUAACAACCAUAGGGGUAAUAGUGAAAAGAACGUUACUAAAGAGGGUGAGAAUUUUGGCGACUGCUCCGAAACAGUGGAUUGCACUAGUUUAGACAAUGAAGUUGUACACCCUGAUUCUGUAUCUGAGGAAGAAGACAAUAAUCAGGUAAUAGGCAUAUUGUUGAAGCCAUGUAAUGGACGAGGAGAAGCUGAAGGGUCCCUUGAAGAUACGCACGAAUGUGUGUCAUUCGAUGAUGGCGACAAAAUGACUUCGCAUGUAAUUCUGGGUUUUGAUAGCAAGAUUUGUGAUCCAGAUGCCUAUACUGAAUCAGAAGAGUUGAAAAACAGAAAUAACAAUGCUCCAGAAGCAACACUGUGUGUCCCUGUGCCACACCUAGAUUUGAAGAAUGUGAAUGAUGGUGACAAAUGGGAAGAGCCGUUUCCUGCUUUUAAAUCUUGGCAGGAAGACAGUGAAUCUGGAGAAGCUCAGCUUUCUCCGCAAGCUGGAAGAAUGAACCAUCCUUUGGAAGAGGACAAUCAUCCAGUAUUGUCACAUCGGAGUUUGGAUUUUGGGCAAAGCCAGCGUUUUCUACAUGAUCCAGAAAAAAUAGAUUCAUCUAAAGCACUUUCAUUUGUUAGAACUAGAAGAGCAUCGUUUAGUAGCUCUAAGGAUGACAGAAGGGAAGACAAGACUCCUUAUCAGCUAGUGAAAAAGUUGCAGAAAAAAAUCAGGCAAUUUGAGGAACAGUUUGAAAAAGAGAAAAACUUCAAGCCCUCAUAUACUGAUAUUGCAGCGAAUCCAAAGGUUUUAAAGUGGAUGACAGAGCUUACCAAAUUGAAAAAGCAAAUAAAAGAUGCAAAGCACAAAAGCUCAGAUGGAGAAUUCAUACCUCAGUCACGUCCACGAAGCAACACACUUCCAAAAAGCUUUGGUUCCUCUCUGGACCAUGAAGAUGAAGAAAAUGAAGAUGAUCUGCGAGUUGCUCAGAAAGAGAAGAAACCUACAAAGGAGGCAACAGUUGAGCUCAUUUUAAAAAGACUGAAGGAAAAACGAAUUGAAAGAUGCCUACCGGAGGAUAUAAAAACAAUGACGAAAGACCAUCUGUCAGAAGAAAAAACUUCACUCCAAAAAAGUCUCCUGUACUAUGAAAGCCAGCAUGGGCGACCGGUUUCCAGAGAAGAAAGGCAUGUUGUUAAACCCCUCUAUGACAGAUACAGGCUUGUGAAACAAAUGCUGACUCGAGCAAGCAUCACUCCCAUCCUUGGCUCACCAUCAACCAAGAGACGCAGCCAAAUGUUACAACCUAUCAUAGAAGGAGAAACAGCCCAUUUUUUUGAGGAAAUUAAGGAAGAGGAAGAAGAUGGUGAUCUGUCAUCAGAACUGACUGAUCUCCUGAAAUCUAGUGCCCAAAUACAGAUUGCUAGCCCAGUUGAAAACUCAGAAUCUGAUGCUGAAGAAAGUCAAGAGAAAUUGACUCGAGAGCUUCGUCUGUCUAGUACCCGUGCAGCUUCCAUGCCUGAAUUAUUGGAGCAACUUUGGAAAGCCAGAGCUGAGAAAAAGAAAUUGCGGAAAACACUACGGGAAUUUGAAGAGGGAUUUUAUCAGCAAAAUGGAAGGAAUGUUCAGAAAGAAGAUCGUGCUCCCAUGCUUGAUGAGUACAGAGAGUACAAGAAAGUUAAGGCCAAACUUCGGCUUCUUGAAGUUCUCAUCAGCAAACAAGAUUCUUCAAAGUCUAUAUAAGUUAUGUUUCUUCAUAACACUGAACUGUUGUUUUCUUAUGCUGUCAUAGUACUUGUUAGGUGUUUGCUUUGUCUUGCGCAGUUGAAAGAAUGCUGUUUUUGUACACUUUAUUAUGGUGCCACAUUUGAAGGGCGAGUAGGUCCUAUCUAGAGAGUUAAUGAAAAUCUUACCAAUUUGAGACUGUUUUGUCCAUCUUUAGCAAACAUUUUUUCUUCUCUUUUUUAUUAUUACAUGUUCUCAAAAGACUGUAGAACAAUAACCAUUCAAAAACUCUGGACCUGCUAUCUUCAUUUUGUCUGCAUUUCUUAGUGUAACACAGAACUACUCAGUUGCCUUUUUUCUUAUGGGGAACAAUGGCAGCAAAUUAAGAACACAACUGUGUUCCUGAGCACCAAAACUGAACUGCCUUUCAGAGGACAGCUGUGGAAUAACUUUGGUUUCAAAUGACAUCUGUCAUGUAAUAGAAUGGUUUAUGGCCUGUGGAUAUUGCAACUUAAAACUCCCAUUUGCUCUUCAAUUUCAGAUUACAAUGGACAAACCAGAAAGUGACCUUGCGUGUUGUAUUUUUAAAACUUGGAAAACUGAACAUUUAUAUCACAUAUUGCCUACGAGACUUGCAUUACUGUUAAUUUAUCAGUUCAUCAGCUAAUGGUGACCUAGUGUGUGGUCUGAAUUGGAUCCUGCCUCGUAUCCUUGAUGGGGAGAAUGUGAUGGUGCUGUACAGCUUCGACAGGCCUGUGUUAUUUAACUGCUGUAUCUGAAAUAAGUGUAUUUUAUCAAGGGCUAAAAAUCAGUAUAAUUAAUGUGAUGGACUUAAAAUGGAUAGAGUAAGCUUUGAAAGAAGCCUUCUGCUAUGUCAAAAAUGGAAAGUAAAGUGAUUUAACCUUUGGUAUUAAGCAGGUAUCAUAUGAUUCUUGCAUGAUACAGCUUCAGAACUGAAACAUUUUUGGUAACAUUUACCCAGUCUAAUAUAGAUGACACAACACCCCUUAAUAUUUUUCUUUUCAAAUAUGACAAAAUCCUAAGAGCUCAUUACAGUGCUGAUAUGGGCACAGCACCUGCACACAGAGGGAUUCCAGGUAGGGAAUAACAGAGCUCCCACAGUGUCUGUACAGGCUCUGUUUCAGGCCCUCACAAGCAGAUCAAUACCAUGUGCAAAUGCUGCUUGGGGGAAUCUCAUCUGUAUUAUGACUUUGGGUACUGUGUCUCUGAUAGGACUUGAUUGAGCCCUAAGUGUUUAAAUCGGUGCUCUUGGGGAAUUUUUUUGUGUGUGUUGAUUGUGGCCAUGUUUUUGCAUGUGCCUAUUUUCUGCAUGUAUUUAUGAUCAGCUGAUGUCAGCACAAACAUUUUUUCUCACUGCUUCCUGAAAGACCAAAAAAAUGAUUUUUUGCAAAGAAGUGGCUGGCAUGUAAAUUCAUCAGGUCAAUGUGUUGACAUGGGAUAGAUUUUUUUAAAAGUAGGGUUUUGAUACUCCAGACUUGUCUGUUUGCUACAGAAAGGCUUUGUGUGUGUGUGAUUGUAGGCAUGUAAUUUUGGAACAUGAACGAGAGCAGUAAAAUGAGCUUAUAUUUUGAUGCUUUGCCUUUUUACAGAAUUAGAGAUUUUUUUGUUAGUGGACCAUAGUGAAUUGCGAGGUUGGAAAUUUAAUCUGGAGAUCAUUUGUGGCUUUUAUUCAGCUCCAUUGUGCACUGUACACUUCAGUUACUUUUCUGUCUGCAGACACAGGUGCAUCAAAACAUUGAAACUUAUGUGUACUGUAUAGUGUUGUACAUGAAUGUUUUAUAUACCACAUGCAAAAUGUCAAUAUGCACUAUUUAAAUGUUUUAAAUAAUAUAUUCCUCCUUUAUAAUGCUUAAAUCUAUAUGAUUCCAAUAUUUUUAUAAAGUGAGUGAUCCACCUGGUUCAAAUUCAGAAUUAUUAACAGCUGCUUUUGUGUGUGUUAUGCAGUGUUUGGCUGUUCAGUAUCAUAGGUAGCAUGGCAACAGUUAUGCUAAGAGUGUGUGUUGUACCAUUCUUAUUGAGCAAUAAAUGGUAGGU